AUGACGGACGAAACAACGCCGCUUACCGCUGCCGGCGGCUCCGGUUAUGUGCUCCUACCGCCGUAUCAAGGACCUGAACACGUUUUUCCCGGUGGCGUUAAUCCGCGUUCGCGUCGCAACAAAAUGCGGCAGUUUCAAUGCUGCAUGGGCAUCACAUUUAUAGUCAUUGUAAUUGCCGCUCUUUGCUUGGCCCUGGUCUUCAGCGACUCCCUUGGCGGCGCUGACGGGGGUCCCAGCUUCUUCUUUGUGGUAAAUGGAUCGGAAAUCGAAGUGCCGCCCAACAGGCCGCUGCCAGACGAGCCGGCGGCGGAUUGGGCUCUGAAAAGAGCUGCACUGGGUCACAGUGAUGGCGCCCAGGCGGUUAGUGCUGGUAUCAAGGCGCUGGGUGAUCGGGAGAUUCUGGAGGAGGGCCUGCAGCCGAACGAAGUGAAUACGCCUGCGUUCCGGCACUAUCGCUCCCUGAGCACUAACCCAGAGGCACGGAAACUGGCACGUCGUGGCUACGUGGAGAACCAAGCCACCAUGGACAUAGCCAGGAGACUGAACUACACAAAGCAGCCGGGUCGCAGCAAUAUUGGUUGGGGACCACGGAUCGUCCUGCCCGAUCCCACAGUUCUUAGAUUGGACUGUGACUUCAAUGCCCGGUAUAGACGAUCCACAGGAGUGUGCAAUAACAAGCAGCAUCCUCGGACAUACGGAGCCUCCAUGGUGCCCUACCGCCGCAUGGUUUCACCGGACUAUGCUGAUGGCAUUGCCGCCCCAAGGGCUAGCCACCACGGCCGCCUGCCGCCGGCUCGACAGGUCUCCUUGAAGAUCCAUCGCUCCAGCUAUGAGACGGACUCAAAUUUCACUGUGAUGCUGGCGGUGUUUGGUCAGUUUAUGGACCACGAUAUCACGGCCACCUCCUUGACCACGUCGCAGGAGGGCGAGUCCAUCGACUGCUGUGUGCCCGCCACCCGCGAACAGCAUCCGGAGUGCUUUCCGGUGGAGAUCCUGCCCGACGAUCCCUAUUACCAGCAGUACAACUUGACCUGCAUGAACUUUGUAAGAUCUGCUCCAGCGCCCACGGGAAGAUUUGGGCCUCGAAUGCAGCUCAAUCAGGCCACUGCCUUUUUGGAUGCCUCCGUGGUCUACGGUAACCUGGAGCAGCGACAAAAUCAACUACGUAGCUUUAUCAACGGCACGCUGCGAAUGUAUCUCACAGAUGAUGGGCGGGAGCUGCUGCCCAUCUCUUCCAAUCCGACGGAUGGCUGCAACCGGGUACAGAUGACGCGCCAGGGCAAGUACUGCUUCGAGUCUGGUGAUGAUCGAGCCAACGAGAAUCUGCUGCUCACCUCCAUGCACCUGCUGUGGGCCAGGCACCACAACUACCUGGCCGGAAGGCUGCAUGAGCAGAAUCCCCACUGGGAGGACGAGCGCUUGUACCAAGAGGCGCGUAAAAUCCUAGGUGCUCAGAUGGCUCACAUCACAUACAAUGAGUUCCUACCAGUGCUCCUGGGACGCAACCUCAGCGAGGCAAAGGGUCUGUUACCGGCUAAGCACAAUCUAAGUGCACCGGACACCUAUGACCCGGAGGUGGAUCCAAGCAUUGCUAAUUGCUUCGCUGCCGCCGCUUUCAGGUUCGCCCACACCCUAUUGCCCGGGUUGUUUAACAUCUCGCGGGGCAAUAGCAGUCCAGAGGCCGUGGAGCUCCACAAGAUGCUCUUUAAUCCGUUUUCCUUGUGGGCGGCGCAUGGCAUUGAUCAUGCUUUGAUGACAGCGGCCAAUACACCGGUGAUGCAAGUUGAUCGCUUUUUUUCUUUGGAGGUAACCCAAAAGCUAUUCGAGGGUACCGCUGAAGAUAAACUGCCCCUUUGCGGACUGGAUCUGGUCUCCUUGAAUAUUCAAAGGGGACGGGAUCAUGGGAUUCCAUCGUAUCCGGUCUUCCGUCGUCACUGUCGCUUGCCAGCGGUGGACACGUGGGAACAGAUGGCCCAGGCAGUGGACAACGAUACCUUGAAGUCGAUAAGGCAGAUUUACGAUUCCCCGCAAGAUGUGGACGUCUACACGGGGGCUCUCAGUGAGCCUCCAAUGGAAGGAGCCAUCUUUGGACCGCUGCUGAGUUGCAUGGUGUCCGAUCAGUUCCUACGCAUCAAGCUGGGUGACUCCCAUUGGUAUGAGCGGAAGAUGGGUCCGCAGAGGUUCACCAAAGCUCAACUGGCGGAGAUUUACAAAACCAGUUUGGCUGCCAUUAUUUGCCGCAAUUCGGAUGGGAUAAAGCAAGUGCGAGAGCAUGUCAUGCAACGUCUGCGCGAGGAGGGUAAUCCCCAUGUCAACUGUCAAGAUCUGGAGGGAUUCCAUUUUAAUUUCGAGCCCUGGUCCAGCGCCCAGCAUCCUGCCGAGCUGCACAGGACAAGCAUCAGCAGGACCAUCUCUUCGGUUCGGGUGAUGACAAAUAGCACCAUCGGGGAAAGUCCAAAAACUGCCAAUGUCACUCUACAUAUGGGAUAA